AUUUAAAUAAUAAUAAUAGUCAGUCCACUGACUUACCACUGGAGUCACCUCAGAAGUUCAAAUGAUGUUCACGAUGAAGAAGUGAGCUUGUUGCACCAUAGACAUACACUCUCACAAAGCGGAACUGUCGGUUUCAGGGUGUAUUUUCUGUGGGACCGCAGAGCCGAUCAUGGCGACUCUCGGCGGCAGUCGUGGGGAUCGUCUCGGCAAUUCUAAUCAACACAAGACUUCUCUCGCUUCCCCGGAGAAAGUUCGUGAAAUUCUCAACGAGGGAGUGUCGUCUACAGGCGUCGGUUCCAACAGUGGACAAGGGGAUUUGAAUGUUCUGGAAGUGAAAAGCAACUCUCAAGCACCUUGCGAAGCAACGAACAAAGAAGCCUUUUUCUCAAGAGUGGAAUCAUAUUCAUGCUUGAAAUGGGCAGGCAAACCUCGCAUACUGUCACCUUUGAUGUGUGCCAGAUAUGGCUGGAUCAGUGUUGGCUGUGAUAUGCUCAAGUGCUCCAGCUGCCAGGCUUUCCUGUGUGCAUCACUGCAGCCAACUUUAGACUUUGAAAAAUAUGCAAGCCGCAUUGCAGAGAUAUCAAGGCAGCUCCAGACACAGCAUGAAAAGUUUUGUCCUUGGCCUGACUUUCCAUGUCCAGAGCGGUUCUGGCUUGUUCCAGCCUGUGAACCAUCAACACUUCUUGCUGCCUUUUUGGAGCGCUUCCAAAGCGCCUGUCUCCUUGCACAGCAGCUGCCAGCAAUGAAACCAGAGCAGCUGAAGUCCAUGUCGUUGACAGAGGACGUUAUCAGUGGUAUACUGCAGGUGGUGGAGGAAGAGCAAAAAAGAAAGGGAGGGACUCCUUGCUCUGAGCCUUUGGCUGUCCAGGUGGCAGCAUGUAUUGUUUCUCUCUGUGGUUGGGCAGCAAGUCCUGCUCUGCACGCCAUGAGCCUGCCAAUCCUCACCUGCUCCUAUUGUAUGCGCAAGGUGGGUUUGUGGAACUUCCACCAGAUGGAGGGAAUGGGAAGCGAUAGAGACAAUUUAACAAACACUGUGGGCACCCCUGUUCGGGCAGCAAGUCCUGCAUUAGCAGCCCCAAACGAUGGCCAAGGAGAGCAGUCUACUUCUGCCUCGCCUAGCCCUGCUACAACUCCUUGUCGCAUGAAGCUUCGGAGCCAGGACUCCACACGGUCUGACCAGGGUGAGGGCACCUCGUCCCCAGUGGCCUUGCGUGCCCGGAGCAGAGACUCACCUAGCCCCAGUGAAGAACUGCCAAGCCCUUUGACGAGGGGCAAGAGGCCCGCAACUCGCAGCAGAGGACAGGAAUAUGGCUCAGGGACUGACGGCAUUGCUAGCUUGCAUCCUCCAAAACGCCUGUGCCUCUCAUCAGCUGGUGGUCCUGAUGGACCCUUGCCCAAGACUGUAUUUGACCCCUUAGCUCAGCACAGGGAAUGGUGUCCCUGGAUCUCCGUGGGAAAGGAGAAUGUGGAUCCAGGGGCUCUGCCUUUUUCAGACAAAGGCUCCGGACUUUAUCAGCAGGGCUGGAAAGCUGCUCUGGACCUCCUCAUGCCCAUGAAGAAGAACUCCUAUAUUGACGGAGGCAGUCCAGCACAGGGCCCUCGUGACAAGUCCAAAAGGGUGUUUGCUAUUUUCCGUCAGUGGCAGGUCUCCUCCUCUCCAUCUCAGUAGACUCUUUGCAUACAAACAGCAUUUUAACACUGAAUUGAUGAACUGACCCGCCUUCUUUUUGUGGUGUAGAAUCCGCCAUACCAAUGGCAGGUCAAGUGUUGUUAAAUGUAAGCCAUCCCUUGAGGUCUUGUUUAUAGUCAGUGUUUGUCAAGAACAAAUUGUCAUUAGACAAAUGAAUGUGUUCUCCAUGAACAGUUAAAAAAAAAAAAAAUGUGAAUGAAUGCUGUGGCUUUUUAAAACAUUUCAGUUCUGCUACACAAAAUUUGGGAUGUGUGUGUCGGUGCCUACAAAAACCAUGCACCAUGCCUAUACAUAGAUAGCCAUCAAGUAAUAAAACUCAUCUCUGUAUAUUGGCUGCAAAUAAGGCUGUGAAGGUCACAUAAAGUCUGGUUUGGUAGUCCUUGACAACAACAUCUGGAUUUCUGUGGAUUUUAGAAAGUCAUGAGAAAGAGCCACAUGGCUCGACACUGGAAAGAUGACGUUUACCUUUACCGUGUUUUGAGUUGUUUGCAAGAGCGGUAAACAUUAACCUCAGAUUAGCAAAAAAUGAAAACUGUGAGGAAGUACUUUGUGUGUACUAUUUUGCUUAAAAACCAGGUGGAUACAAUAUGUCUUUGAAGAGACUCUGAAUCCUUUUGGAGUAGUUAUGUUUUUGUUUGCUUUCCUAUAGGCAGUGCUAAAAUCGUGAUUGCUGCAAGAAGAUAGAACCAUGUGCCACAAAUUUCAAGCCCAGUUUGAAAUUCUUGUUUUUCAGUGACAUUUCAUUACGAAUGCAGUCCUCACUAUCCUGCAUGUACCUCCGUCUUUGGCUCUCCUGAAAGGGUUUAAUAAAAAGCUUUUCUGAGUCUGUUUUACUUUGCA